UUGGGCCACGUGGUCCUCUCCCCAGUCUGGUUCCUCUACAACCUGCUCAUGAAGCUGUUCCAGCGCUCCGCCCCGGCCAUCACUCUCGAGAGCCCGGACAUCAAGUACCCGCUGCGGCUCAUCGACAAGGAGGUCAUCAGCCAUGACACCCGGCGGUUCCGCUUCGCCCUGCCGUCACCGCAGCACAUCCUGGGCCUCCCUGUUGGCCAGCACAUCUACCUCUCGGCGCGAAUCGACGGAAACCUGGUCAUUCGGCCCUACACGCCUGUCUCCAGUGAUGACGACAAGGGCUUCGUGGACCUGGUCAUCAAGGUUUACUUCAAAGACACCCAUCCCAAGUUUCCCGCUGGAGGGAAGAUGUCCCAGUACGUGGAAAGCCUGAAGAUCGGAGACACCAUCGACUUCCGGGGCCCGAACGGGCUGCUGGUCUACCAGGGCAAAGGAAAGUUUGCCAUCCGUCCAGACAAGAAAUCCAACCCCGUCAUCAAGACAGCGAAGUCUGUCGGCAUGAUCGCGGGAGGAACAGGCAUCACCCCAAUGCUGCAGGUGAUUCGUGCCAUCAUGAAGGACCCAGAUGACCACACUGUGUGCCAUCUGCUGUUUGCCAACCAGACUGAGAAGGACAUCCUGCUGCGGCCUGAGCUGGAAGAGCUGAGGAACGAACACUCUGCACGCUUCAAGCUCUGGUACACGGUGGACAAAGCCCCUGAAGGUGAGCAAGCCUGGGACUACAGCCAGGGCUUUGUGAACGAGGAGAUGAUCCGCGACCACCUGCCGCCCCCGGAGGAGGAGCCGCUGGUGCUGAUGUGCGGACCCCCGCCCAUGAUCCAGUACGCCUGCCUGCCCAACCUGGAUCGUGUGGGCCACCCCAAGGAGCGCUGCUUCACCUUCUGACGGCCGGGCACUGGCCCCCCACGCGCCCGCCUCGCGUCCUCACGUGCCCUGUCCGCACCCAGCCCUCAUGCCCCAACGUCACUUUCCGCCACAUCUCACACUUUGGCCUGGGGCUCAGCCUAGCCUGCCCACCACACCUGGGUGGUCACCCCGCUGGGCUGGCCCUCAGGGGGCCCCUUCAGGAGCGGGGUUCUAUUGCAGGUGGGCCACCACCGGCCACCUUCAGGGCGGGUUCCUGACUAGCCCUCACCGGUUCUCACCAUUGAUGCUGGGUCCCAGGCCCUGUCCGUCCCUCACCCCCACACUCCCCACACUGCUGGGCUGAGGCCGUCAGCACCGUGCUCCACCCCCCAGUCCCAGAGUGGACUGCAGUGUGGAAAUAAAUACAUGCCCAGGCAGCCCAGAGCUGCAGGUGCCAGGGUCUCCCCUGCCACCACCUUGGGAUCCUCACCUGCCGCCCAUCACUACCUGCCUCAGGGCCAGGCCAGGCCUCAGCACCUAACACUACAUGACAGGUACCACCCAAAAGUCCUGGGAACGAUGGGCUGCCCCUGCCAGGGCCCAGGCAGGCCUGGCCAGCAGGGAGCUUGGCUCUCCACCAGCUGGUUGGGAGGAGGGGUGGCCAAGGGCCUUGCCAGUUGGCACACGGGCCCUCCCGAACCCUCUCCAUUUUCCCCAACACACCCAAACAUUCGGGCAGCUUUGGGGCUUCCAAGCUGUCAACUCGGCAUCGGCAGUCAGAUCUAUCACCUCAGGGUCUUGGGCCACCAGCCCUGAUGGCAGAGCUAAGAUGAUGCUAUUUAUUCCUUGUCUCAAACCCACCCCUCCCGCUGCCUGCCUCCGACGUGGGGGAGAUUCUGAGCAGAGCCCUUGUCUGCUGCGUUCUCUGUGGCCACCACGUCGCUGUCAUACAACAGCGGGUUAGUCUCUUGCCUGUCGGCUUUUUCAGUCAUUUAUGAGCAGAAGAAAAGUUGAAAUAAAACUUUGCUAAUAUGAA